AUGCAUAUUCAAGAUCAAUCGGCCAACUCGGCCCCAAAAGCAGCAUCCUCAUUCUCCAACCUCCCUGAUGCCCCCGUCGACGAAAUCUUCAGUCUCAACCACGCCUAUGUCACCGACCCAAACCCCAACAAAGUAAACUUGAGUCUGGGUGUCUACCGCACUGAAGAAGGUCAACCGUGGCCAUUGGCCUCAGUCGAGCAAGUAGAGCAGGAACUUUACUCUCAAAACGACCCCGCUCGCCAUGAAUACUUGCCUAUCGAGGGCGACACAGUCUUUCUAGGCCAUGCGCGAGAUCUUAUGUUUGGAUUCAACAAGAGCGGUGCAGAUGCUGAGAGAGAGACUGAAGCAAAAAAGCGAAUUGCAUCCGUACAAAGCAUCUCAGGCACGGGAGCCAACCAUCUCGGCGCAGCGUUUUUGGCGCAGCAUUUCAAACCGAAGCAUGUCUGGGUCUCAAUCCCUACUUGGGCUAAUCAUCACACGAUCUGGGAACUGCAAGGCAUAGAGCGUAAGGGGUACCCAUACUUUGACGCUGCGACGUGCGCAUUCAAUUUCGAUGGUGCUAUCGCAACGCUUGAGAAUGAGGCUGUCGAAGGAGAUGUCAUUUUACUACAUGCCUGCGCGCAUAACCCAACAGGCGUUGAUCCAUCAAAGGAACAAUGGAAGAAAAUUGCAGAGUUGUGUCAGCGGAAACGUCUCUUCCCGUUCUUUGACUCGGCUUAUCAGGGUUUCGCGUCUGGUUCAGCGGAUGAGGAUGCCUGGGCAGUACGGUACUUUUUCAAUCUCAGCCCCCCGCUCGAGAUGUGUGUUGCGCAAAGUUUUUCAAAGAAUUUCGGUCUUUAUGGUCAUCGAACUGGUGCUUUCCACUUGGUUACGAAUGGUGCCAACCCUGCUGAGACGGAACUCGUGCGCAAGAAUUUAUGCCAUAUUAUCCGUGGUGAAUACUCCAUGGGACCACGCUAUGGUAGCACGAUUGUGAAAAGAGUCCUCGGCGAUGAAACGCUGCGAGCACGGUGGCAAGACGAUUUGACAGUCAUGAGUUCGAGGAUAAAACGCAUGCGUCAGGCUCUGUAUGACGAAUUAACACGACUAAACACGCCUGGAUCAUGGGAACAUAUCAUUAAUCAGAAUGGAAUGUUUUCCUACACUGGUCUUACGCUGAAGCAGGUCUUGACGUUGAGGGAUGAGUUCCAUAUUUAUCUGCUCAAGUCUGGUAGGGCUUCUGUUAGUGGAUUUAGCGAGAAAAAUGUCGCAUAUGUUGCACAAGCUAUUGAUAAGGUGGUGAGGAGGGAUGUAUAA